AUUAUUUUUUUUUUUACAUGUCAGAGUCACUAAAUCUUUUUGUAGAAAAUGGCAAGCGUUUUUCAAAUAGGCUAACCAGCAUUAAAAAAACACAAUUUUUCCUUUAUGCAUAUUGAACUAGAUGCUUAUUUUGCAUUAACCCUUCUACACAUUUUUCGAGGACAAUCAGAGAGUAAACGAGCAGGUCGAAAGUGCGGCUGAGGAUGUCGUGUCGAUGAUGCCCCUGUUCGUGGUGCUGAAAUCUCCAUGCGCUCGUCCUCCCUCCAUCUCUCCCCUCCCUCCUGCCCUCUCUCUCCCUCUCUCUCUGCUCCUCUCUCACACGCACAGAAUCCUCUGUCAUGGCGUCUUCCAACAAUGUUACUCCCACCAACUGUAGCUGGUGGCCCAUAUCAGCCAUGGACGAAGAUGGCAAAAUCACAGACGGAGAGGAGAGUCACGAGCCCACGAUAGAACACAAGCCAUACUCCAAAGACAGGCUCGUUCUGUAUCACUGGACUCAGUCCUUCAGCUCUCAGAAGGUGCGUCUGGUGAUCAAUGAGAAAGGGUUGCUGUGUGAAGAACGGGAUGUCAGUCUGCCUCUCACUGAGCACAAGGAGCCUUGGUUCAUGAGGCUCAACCUAGGGGAGGAAGUGCCAGUUUUCAUCCACGGAGACACUAUCGUCAGUGACUACAACCAAAUCAUUGAUUAUAUAGAGACCAACUUUGUCGGAGACACAGUAGCCCAGCUGAUUCCGGAUGAAGGCACUCCAUUGUAUGCAAGGGUACAGCAGUACCGUGAGCUGCUGGACGGACUGCCCAUGGAUGCUUACACACAUGGAUGCAUCCUGCAUCCUGAACUCACAAUUGACUCCAUGAUCCCAAAGUACGCCACUGCUGAAAUACGUAGACAUUUGGCCAAUGCAGCAUCUGAACUGAUGAAGUUGGACCAUGAGGAACCCCAACUGACAGAGCCAUACCUCUCCAAGCAGAAAAAGCUCAUGGCAAAAAUCUUGGACCACGACAAUGUGAACUACCUGAAAAAAAUUCUUGGAGAGUUGGGAAUGGUACUAGACCAAGUAGAGGCAGAGCUGGAAAAAAGAAAACUGGAAUAUCAAGGUCAAAAAUGUGAAUUGUGGCUUUGUGGACCUACUUUUACACUAGCUGAUAUUUGUCUUGGAGCCACAUUGCACAGGCUCAAGUUCUUGGGACUCUCAAGGAAAUACUGGGAGGACGGGAGCCGGCCGAACCUGCAGUCGUUUUUUGAGCGGGUGCAGAAGCGCUACGCUUUCCGCAAGGUGUUGGGGGACAUCCACACGACCCUGCUCUCUGCGGUUCUACCCAAUGCAUUCCGAAUGUCUUUCUUCAAAUCUCCCUCUUACUCACUCUCUCUCCUCCCCCAUCAUGAGUGGACACGCCCCCUACUGCUGAUUGGCUACAAGUGUGUUGUGGUGCUCGGUCCGAUCCACUUUCAACAGCGUUUCUCAGAAAUCGCUUACUGCACCUUUAAAGUACCCUGAAUUCUUAAUUAAGCAUCUUUUUUUGUAUUAUCGGCCACUGACAGGUUUCCAAACACUUUGCACUUAAAAGACUCAAAAUUUUGAGACUAUUCUGCCAAACUUGUCAGCAUUGUCAUUCACUUUUUAGUGCAGAUCACGGCACAUUUACGCCAUUCAUUAGCAGAAUCCAACACAUCGCAAUUUUCAGUGCUAGCAAACAUUUCACAGACCCAAAUUUACAGAAUAUUACACAUCUUACCAAGAAUGCAAAAACAGAAAACACUAAAGAGAACAGAAUGUGUUCCUCAUAUAAGACUGCCAAUCUAAGCAUUUUCUUUCCUAUGUAAUUUUUUUUUUUUUUUUAAUUAUCACUAGCAAAAGUCUACUAAACCACAGGAUGAGUAAAGUUUGUGUCUUGAAAUGUAGGUGGUGUAGAAAUGUGAAUGUGAAAUGCCAGUUCUGAGUGUAAAAGAUACUGGGACAUUUGGUAUGAAAACACAAACACUGUUAUAUUCAGUAGAAAAACUAGGCUUAUAAUAAAAAUCAAAUGGUCAUUUAAACUAGUAGGUUAUAUCUAUUUUUAAGCAUGCAACUGUUUGAUGCAAUGGGUUUAUAACCAAAGACAAUGACAGUUUUUCUUUCUUUGUAAGUUUUCAGUAAUGUUCAGAAAAAAAGAAGAGUUUGUGUACAUUCUUCUUAAGUCAAUUUAAUUUGACUUACAAAAAACUGUGAAACACCAUUAAAUGUUUGCCAGCAAACACAAUAAUAUAACGGAAUUAUAUACAUUAUAUGAGAGUUCUGUAUCGCCUCACACACAAGCCAUAUACAACUGUGCAGAUGUAUUAAUACUCUAUUAUUAUUUCAUUUUAUGUACUGCUGUUAGUCAUUUUCAAUACUAUAACUACAACAAAUGUACAGUACGUCUGAGAAUAUCUCAACACCUCGAAUCUCACAUAGAAAUACACUUAAUCUGGAAUGUUUGAUAUAAAUUGCCAUAAGUGGCGAUCCCUACUCUAAAAUGGAAUGACUGGAAGUUAAAUUAUUGAAAAAUAUAUUGAUGUCUGUGGUCAUUAGACUUCACAAUAAAUUAUUUUAUUUUGUAAUUUUUAUUUUUAUAUUUUUAAAAUAUGCAUUUAUUUACAGUGCUUUCUAAGAUGUUUGUUCAUGAGCCUUAAUUUGUUCAGUUGCCAUCGAUUUCAAUAAAUGAAAAUGCUUACCUUAA